AUGGACGUGGACGUGGACAUGGACAUGGACAUGGACGUGGACGUGGACAUGGACGUGGACGUGGACAUGGACAUGGACGUGGACGUGGACGUGGACGUGGACAUGGACGUGGACGUGGACGUGGACGUGGACGUGGACGUGGACAUGGACGUGGACGUGGACGUGGACGUGGACGGGGACGUGGACAUGGACGUGGACGUGGACAUGGACAUGGACGUGGACGUGGACGUGGACGUGGACAUAGACGUGGACGUGGACGUGGACGUGGACAUGGACAUGGACGUGGACGUGGACGUGGACGUGGACUUGGACGUGGACGUGGACGUGGACGUGGACAUGGACAUGGACGUGGACGUGGACGUGGACAUGGACGUAGACCUGGACAUAGACAUGGACGUGGACGUGGACGUGGACGUGGACCUGGACGUGGACGUGGACCUGGACACGUGGACACGUGGACGUGGACGUGUAGACGUGGACGUGGACGUGGACGUGGACGUGGACUUGGACGUGGACGUGGACGUGGACGUGGACUUGGACGUGGACGUGGACGUGGACGUGGACAUGGACGUGGACGUGGACGUGGACGUGGACGUCGACAUGGUCGUGGGCGUGGACAUGGACAUGGACGUGGACGUGGACGUGGACAUGGACGUGGACGUGGACGUGGACGUGGACGUGGACAUGGACGUGGACGUGGACGUGGACAUGGACGUGGACGUGGACAUCGACGUGGACGUGGACAUGGACAUGGACGUGGACGUCGACGUGGACAUGGACGUGGACGUGGACAUGGACGUGGAUAUGGACGUGGACGUGGACGUGGACGUGGACGUGGACGUGGACAUGGACGUGGACGUGGACGUGGACGUGGACGUGGACGUGGACAUGGACAUGGACGUGGACGUGGACGUGGACGUGGACGUGGACAUGGACGUGGACGUGGACAUGGACGUGGACGUGGACAUGGACGUGGACGUGGACGUGGACGUGGACGUGGACAUGGACGUGGACGUGGACGUGGACAUGGACAUGGACGUGGACGUGGACGUGGACAUGGACGUGGACCUGAACAUAGACGUGGACGUGGACGUGGACGUGGACGUGGACGUGGACGUGGACGUGGACGUGGACAUGGACGUGGACGUGGACAUGAACGUGGACGUGGACGUGGACGUGGACGUGGACGUGGACAUAGACGUGGACGUGGACGUGGACGUGGACGUGGACAUGGAGGUGGACGUGGACGUGGACGUGGACGUGGACGUGGACGGGGACGUGGACGUAGACGUGGACGUGGACGGGGACGUGGACGUAGACGUGGACGUGGAGGUGGACGUGGACGUGGACGUGGACAUAGAGGUGGACGUGGACGUGGACGUGGACAUGGACGUGGAUGUGGACGUGGACGUGGACAUGGACGUGGACGUGGACGUGGACGUGGACGUGGACGUUGACGUGGACGUGGACGUGGUCGUGGACGUGGACGUGGACGUGGACGUGGACCUGGUCGUGGACGAGGACGUGGACGUGGACGUGGACGUGGACGUGGACGUGGACAUGGUCGUGGACGUGGACGUGGACGUGGACGUGGACGUGGACAUGGUCCUGGACAUGGACGUGGACGUGGACGUGGACGUGGACAUGGUCGUGGACGUGGACGUGGACGUGGACGUGGACGUGGACGUGGACCUGGUCGUGGACGUGGACGUGGACGUCGACGUGGACGUCGUCGUGGACGUGGACGUGGACGUUGACGUGGACGUGGACGUGGACAUGGUCGUGUGGACGUGGUCGUAG